AUGCCUGCACCUGCAACUACCACUCCUGCUGGAAAGAAGACUACACCAACAGAAAAGGCAAAAGUAUUGCCUGAUUCUAAAAAAGUUCAGCCAGAAGUCGCUCUGGAAGAUGAUGACGACUUUGAAGACUUUCCUGCUGAGCCCUGGACAGACGCGGACCAAGAACUUGGCAGUUUGCAUCAAUGGGAGGAUACUUGGGAAGACGAUGAUGAGGCCGAGGAUCUCGCUAUUCAACUCAAAGCCGAGGAGAAGAAGCGUGGUGUAGCACCUAUGAGAAUGUGA